AUGCUUAGAUUUGUAGCCAGAAAUCUCAAUAAUGUUUAUAAAUUUUCCGAAUUGUAAAAGUUUGGAGUCUCUUUUCUUGGUUCUGGAAAUGCAGAAUAUUUGGAAAAUCUAUUCGACUAAUGGUACUUGGAUAACAAAUCAGUCCCUGCCACUUGGGAUUCAUAUUUUAGACAAGUUUUGGAAUCGAACAAUUUUGAUUUCACUCCAGAGCCAUUAAAGGGAUAAGCUGUUUCUCUUAAAUUGGAUGGGCAAUCAGGUGUUAGGAAAUUAUUGAGUGAUCAUUUCAGAGUGUUGUUGCUAAUAAACAAAUACAGGCAUAGAGGACAUGAGAAGUCAUAGGUGGAUCCUUUGGACUUGGAGCACAUUUAACAAAUAGGCAAAGUGAAAGGAUAUACAAAAUUGGAUUAUAGUGAAUUUUUCACAGAAGAGGAUUUAGACAGAGGAUUUUAUAUUCAUGCUAUCGGAAGCACAGGAAUCACAAAGGACAAAUAGAUGAUGAAAUUGAGAGACUUGAUAAAUUACUUAGAAAAGGCCUAUUGUGGAAAAAUAUCAUAUGAAUACAUGCAUAUUCAAUCAAACGAGGAAAGAGAUUGGUUUAGACAUCAAAUAGAGAAGUACGAUGAAUUCAUGCCUAGCAAAGAGUAGAAAUUGAAAACCUUUGAGAGAUUGGGAUAGGAACACGCCUUCAGUACAUUUUUGCAGAAGAAAUUCAAUACAUCAAAGAGAUUUGGUAUAGAGGGAUGCGAUUCAAUGAUUUCUGGGUUGUAAUCUUUGAUUGACGAGGCAGCAAAAGCAGGGGCAGAACAUGUAGUAUUUGGAAUGGCACACAGAGGAAGACUAAAUACAUUAUACAAUGUAUUUUAGAAGUCAGCAGAAGAAAUCAUGGUUGAAUUCUAGGAUUUGAAGAGUACUUUUAAUGAGGAUAUUUGGGGUAAUUCUGGAGAUGUGAAAUAUCAUUUGGGUUCAGUUCAUAAUGUGCAAUUUGGAGAUAAGAAAUUAAGAUUGGAAAUGCUACCAAAUCCAUCUCACUUAGAAACUGUGGAUCCAUGUGUAUAUGGAAAAGUCAGGGCUAUCUAAGAUUAUUUCCAAGAUUCAAGGAGAGAAAAAGCCUUUGGAGUAUUGAUUCAUGGAGAUGCUGCAGUUUCAGGUUAAGGAAUAGUUUAUGAGGCUUUACAAAUGGCAGAUUUAGAAGGCUAUAAGUCAGGUGGUAUCAUUCAUGUGGUGUCCAACAAUUAAAUUGGAUUCACUACUGUUCCUAAGGACAGCAGAUCUGGAUUAUAUUGCACAGAUAUUGCUCAUGCUAUUUAAGCACCAGUCAUUCAUGUCAAUGCUGAUGAACCUGAACUAAUAGCCACUGAGUUCAGAUACAAGUUUAAGAGAGAUAUCUUUAUUGAUUUGGUUGGAUAUAGAAGAUAUGGUCAUAAUGAAUAAGAUCAACCUAAAUUCACUUAACCUAUUAUGUAUGAGAAGAUUGAUAAGGCUCCUCCUGUCUUUAUUAAAUAUAGUGACAAGUUGGUUGCCUAAGGAAUUGUGACAAAAGAACAAGUGGACAAAUUGAUGAAGACUCAUGAAGAGAACUUGGAACUAGCUUACCAAAAGUCAAGAUAAAUGGAUUACAAUCUCAAGGAUUGGCAACCUGUGCCUUGGGAAAUGAUUAAAGUUCCAGUCCUUUGGGGAAGAAUCAAAGACACUGGUGUUCCUUUGAAUGUUUUAAAAACAUUAGGAGAGAAAAUUAAUAAGAUUCCAAAUGAAUUCAAUGCUCACCCAUAAAUCAGAAAAUUCUAUGACGAAAGAUUGUCAUGGAUUCAAAAGGAUUAGCCUAUUGAUUUUGCCUCUGCUGAAGCCCUAGCAUUUGGAACUCUUCUUCAUGAAGGAUUCAAUGUUAGAUUAUCUGGAGAAGACGUGUAAAGGGCUACAUUCUCUCACAGACAUGCUGUUUUACAUGACUAAAAGGAUCCUAAUGGUUAGGAUUAUGUGCCUUUGAAUGCUGUUAUUCCAAAGGGAUAAGAACAUAGACUCAGUAUUUAUAACUCUCAUUUGUCUGAAUACGGAGUUCUAGGGUUCGAUUAUGGGUACUCCAUCACAAAUCCAAAUACAUUAGUAUUGUGGGAGGCAUAAUUUGGUGAUUUUGCAAAUGGAGCCUAAAUCAUUAUCGAUAAUUAUAUAGCUAGUGCAGAAUCCAAAUGGGAUGUUGAUAGUGGAUUGGUUAUGUUGUUACCAAAUGGUAUGGAUGGACAAGGACCAGAACACAGUUCAGGGAGAGUUGAAAGAUUUUUAUAAUUGAGUGAUGAUGAUCCUGCAGUUUUUGAAAAAAAUCUUGGAGUCAGAUUAACUAGAUAGAUGAGAAAUUCCAAUAUGCAAAUUGUUCAAUGCACCACUCCAGCUAAUUAUUUCCAUGCUCUCAGAAGAUAAUUAAGAAGAGAUUUCAGAAAACCAUUAAUAGCUAUGACAUCCAAGAGACUCUUGAGAUUGCAAGCUGCCAAAUCUAAGCUUACUGAACUUACUACUCAAUUCAAUUAGGUUUAUGAUGAAGCUUUUCCUGAAUUCCUUGUCGAACCAAAUCAAGUUAAGAGAGUUAUUUUGUGUUCUGGACAAGUGUAUUAUGAUCUUCUCAAGAAAAGGGAAGACCUCAAAUAGAAUAAUGUGGCAAUCCUGAGAAUUGAAUAGUUGGCUCCAUUUCCUUAUGAGUUCUUACAAAAAGUUAUUGGCAAGUACAACAAAGCAGAAUUUGUUUGGGUCUAAGAGGAGCACAUGAAUUAUGGACCUUGGGCAUUUGUUAGACCAAGAAUUCAAAGUGUAUUAGCGAAAACUACAAAUGUUUCUAAUUCCCCCAUUUAAUACAUUGGCAGAAGACCAAGUGGAUCGCCAGCUACUGGUUUUCAUCAAUUACAUGAGAAAGAAUUUUAGACUCUAUUAUAAAAGGCCUUUGAAAUUUGAUAAAUUAUGUUAUAUUAUUUUCGAUGUUUAUCAGCCC